UUAUCGUUCCCAGUGACUCCAGUCUUGGAUGAAUGCAUGCAAAAGCAGGAAAAGAAUGCGAGCAUCGAAAUAAACUUGCCAUACUCCAACCAACUCGGAGGGAAGUUCGGACCACCACUGAAAGAUAACAACCUGUCUAAUGAUGGCGGGAUUCAGGCAGGAGAAUGUGGAGAUGUACUAUGAAAUGGGAGAGGAGCUGGGAAGCGGGCAGUUUGCGAUCGUCCGGAAGUGUCGGGAGAAGAGCACAGGCUGCGAGUACGCGGCCAAGUUCAUCAAGAAGCGGCGCCUGUCGUCCAGCCGGCGGGGCGUGAGCCGCGAGGAGAUCGAGCGGGAGGUGAACAUCCUGCGCGAGAUCGAGCACAGCAACAUCAUCACGCUGCACGACAUCUUCGAGAACAAGACCGACGUCAUCCUCAUCCUGGAGCUGGUCUCGGGCGGCGAGCUCUUCGACUUCCUGGCCGAGAAGGAGUCCCUGACCGAGGAGGAGGCCACCCAGUUUCUGAAGCAGAUCCUGGACGGCGUCCACUACCUGCACUCCAAGCACAUUGCGCACUUCGACCUGAAGCCUGAGAACAUCAUGCUUCUGGAUAAGAAUGUUCCCAACCCCAGGAUCAAGCUGAUUGACUUUGGGAUUGCGCACCAGAUCAAAGCGGGAAAUGAAUUUAAGAAUAUUUUUGGUACCCCUGAGUUUGUAGCUCCAGAAAUAGUCAACUAUGAGCCCCUUGGCCUUGAAGCAGACAUGUGGAGCAUUGGAGUCAUCACAUAUAUCUUGCUGAGUGGUGCCUCUCCAUUCCUGGGUGAGACCAAGCAGGAGACCCUGACCAACAUUUCGGCUGUCAACUACGACUUUGAUGAGGAGUAUUUCAGCAAUACCAGUGAACUGGCAAAGGACUUCAUCCGUAGACUGCUGGUCAAAGAUCCCAAGAAAAGAAUGACAAUUGAAGACAGUCUGCAGCAUCCCUGGAUCAAGGUGAUAAAGAGGCGGAACGUGCGGCAGGAGGAGAGCGGGCGCAAGCCGGAGCGCCGGCGCCUGAAGACCACGCGGCUGAAGGAGUACACCAUCAAGUCCCACUCCAGCAUGCCGCCCAACAACACCUACAUCAACUUCGAGCGCUUCUCCCAGGUGAUGGAGGAGAUCGCCGCGGCCGAGGAGGGGCUGCGGCAGCUGGAGCGCAACCAGAGGUCGUGCCGGGAGGACGUGGCGGCCCUGCUGUCCAUCUACGAGGAGAAGGAGAGCUGGUACAAGGAGGAGAACGAGAGCAUUGAGAGCGACCUGGGCCAGAUCAGGCAGGAGCUGCAACGCACCCAGUCCCAGCGCCGGAAGAGCCAGGACGAGGUUCGCGCGGCCCUGCUGUCGGCCAACGCCCUCAAGCGCAAGUUCGGCCGCCUGGAGAACCGCUUCGAGUCGCUGGCCGAGCAGGUGGCCUGCGAGGUGCGCUGGGUGGAGGAGCUGGUGCACUCGCUCGCCCCACAAAAGCUCUCUGCUCCCAGCAUGCGAUGAUUGUGUUUGUUUUCUCAGGAAUUACUUCAUCCUGACUCCUUUCCUCUCUUUACCUCUAAGGGCCUCUAAGAGCAGAACAGCUCUUUUAAAGAGCUAAAGACCCAUUUCAAAGUCUGCCCUGUCUCAGGUUGGGCUUUGACUGUGACAUUCAUAUUUACCCAUUCCCCCUCAACAGCCACCACCACCACAACUUGUGAGUUUACGUCUUACUGUAGUGACUGUCUGUAUCGUGAACCACAUCAUUGUAUUCUGUGUACCCAGUUUUACAUCUCUGCUUUCCAAAAAUUGAAGUCCGCUUUUUACAUUCCAGAACAAAUUUUGUAUCAGUUGUGCUUAUGAACAAACAGCAAUAUUUUGGCUAACAGGGACAAGUCCAACAUAUUUACUAUAAAAGCUACUAGGUUACUACAUUGAUAAGCUGCAUUUUGAUUUUCAUGGUUUGGUUACUAACAUAUAUAUAUAUAUAUAUAUAU